CUUGCAUAUAAUAAAUAACAUUUAUUUCAACGCUUUUAUCUGUGCUUCUACCAAAUUAAAGCCAUACAAACAAUAGUGUAAAUUGUUGAAAAUGGGUGCAAGACGUGAUGUUGCGACAUUUCUUCAGCGUGUGCGAGCUUUCCUGCUGGGACGUGAGCACACUUUGGCACUACGUUUCGAGGAAGGUUUAGCUGAUCGCACCCAACCACCCCCAGACGUGCCUGGUGGUCCAGCACAUUUAAUAGCAGCCAAUCUUUACUGCAAACGAGAUCCCCGGCGAGAAGUGCAACCACCUAUUGAUGUUGUAAAGCAGCAAUUGCUGGCUAACAAGGGAAGCGAUAAAAUUGAAAAGUUACCAACACCUGGACCAGUUUAUCACUGGGAUUAAAGUUUGUUGAAAACAAACUCGAGCUAAAAUUGUCGAAAAUUUUGUUUGGAAAUAUGCGUCGAUAUACAUAUGUACAUAUAAAAAUAUUGACUUUA